UACAAUAUCUUACGUAAUACAACGAUACAUAGUACAGUUUCCUCUGGACGCGCGUUAGUGUGAAACCGGCGCGCGCGCACACCAUGCCCUGAGGGAUUUUCCAGUGUUUUUUUUUCUUUUUUGUGGCCAGUGAUUUUUUUGUUUUGGAUUUAACGUUAUAAAUAAAUCAAGAUGGCGAAAGAAAAUGCUGAUAUUCCUUACGAGGUGAGAUCGUCGGACGAGCUCGGGCGCUACUUGGUGGCCGCCAGAGACCUGUCCCCUGGCGACUUGGUGCUUACGGAGCGACCUCUGGUCUUCGGGCCCAAGGGUAUGCCUGACCCGGAGGCGGUCAUGCCCUGCGUCGGCUGCUAUAAGCCUGUAUCUACAGAAGCCGGAGAACGGUGUUCGAAGUGCGGCUGGCCAGUCUGCUCCGGCAACUGUCCGGGCCUGACGGACCCCCGACACCACGGUGCCGAGUGCCUCAUCCUUAGCGCCAGACCUGACUGCGAGCUGAAGGACAUGUUCAACUAUUACAGGCAUGACGCGCUUCUGCCGCUGCGCUGCGUGCUACUUCAAUCGGUGGACCCUGACAAGUGGAGCAAGCUGACCGAGAUGCAGUCUCACAUGGAGUGCCGCACUCCUGGCACCGAGGCCUAUGAUGAUGCCAACGAGUUCAUCGUGGAGUACCUCAUGAACAACUUCAUAAGCAAGCUAGACGAGGCCACCAAGAAGAAACACUUACCAAACAUUUCCCCCGACCUCAUCCACAAGAUGUGUGGCAUUAUCGACACCAAUGCCCUAGAAAUCCGCCACCCAGAAGGCUCAGAGUUGCUUGCCCUGUUCACGAAUACUUGCAUAAUGGAGCACAGCUGCAUUCCCAACACUAAACACACAUUUGCCCAAUCAGUCAAAGAUAAAAACGAGUUGUUCAGGAUAACAGUCAAAGUUGUAGUGCCAGUACAAAAGGGGAAUCAUAUAACUACGAUGUACAGUCAUGCUUUAUGGGGAACUCAAGCUAGAAGGCAGCAUUUGAAAGAUACCAAAUACUUCGCCUGCAAAUGUCAAAGGUGCAGUGAUCCAACUGAAUUAGGGACUUAUUUGAGUGCUAUGAAAUGCCUAGGAGAUGAUGGGAAUCCAUGUGACGGUAUCCAUCUACCCGAAGAUCCGUUAGAUGAUGAAACGGAAUGGGCUUGUAACAAAUGUUCAGUCAAAAUAAACAAUUCUCAAGUGAACAUGAUAAUUUCACAGAUGGGAGAAGAAGUGGAGAAUGUGCAGAUGAUGGGUGGGUCUCCGAUGAUGCUGGAGAAUCUAUUGUGUAGACUGUCAACUUUUCUCCAUCCUAAUCAUUACCAUUUGUAUGCAAUUAAGCAUUCUUUGAUUCAGCUUUAUGGUAGACUUACAGAUCAAAUGUCCCAAAAUAUGCUGGAUAAGAAAAUUAUGAUGUGUAGAGAUCUAAUCAAAAUAACAAAAACUUUAGAUCCAGGAAAUGCUAGGCUAAGCUUAUACAAUGCUGUAUUACAGUAUGAGUUACAUACAGCUUUGGUAUUAUCUGCUAAAAAUCCAAAGAAUGAUGGUACUCCUAGAACUGAUGAAGAAGUAAAACAACUGCUAGUGGAAGCGAAGGAUACUAUUGAAGAUGCAAUUGUUUCCCUAAAAGAUGAUUUAGAAGAGACAUCAGGAAACCAACUCCUUGAAGUUAUCCAAAAGAGUAAGAAGGAAUUUGACAGGCUUUGUCAAGAAAAGAAGUAAUCAGUGUCAAAAUUUGGUUUUAUUUUAGAGUUUUUUUUAUGUUUUUACAAAUAAAUAUUAAAUAAUACUUAAAGUAAUAUCACAGGGAAUUCUUUGUUACAGUUCUCCUCAAUAUAAACUUGUUUUGAUUUCGUGUAUCACUUAUUAACAAUCUGUAUAAUUAAGAACAUGCCACUCAUGCUUACAGUUGAUACCUACUUAAUUACAACAUUUCAUUCUUCAUUGACUUUAUGCUAAUAAAUCAUUAAAAUUAGGGUAACUUAUCAUUAAAACAACGUAACAGUAAAUUGAUGGUAAUUUGGUUCAGGGUUUCGAUCUUUGGAUAAUUUAUUUGUAAAACCAUACAGCUUUUUAUUUUGCAGAGAAAUAAAAAUCUAUUAGGUCUUUUC